AUGGCGAUCGUCGCGAAGUGCGGCGUCGCCGCCAUCGCGCUCGCGACGAUCGCCAUCGCGCUCGAGCGCGGACACCGCGACGCGCGCGUCGCGGGCGUCGCCGCCGCCGAGCCGACGACGAUGGCCGCCGCGUGGGAGGGAUGGUACGCCGCCGCCGUCGUCGUCGGCAUGUUCGUCGCGCUGCUUCGAAACGUCGCGGGACCGGACGUGUUGAUGCUCGGCGCGCUGAGCGCCGUCUUAGCGGCCGGGUGCGUGGACCUCGAGAGCGGAUUGCGAGGGUUCUCGAAUAAAGGAUUACUCACGGUGGCGUGCCUGUUCGUCGUGGCGAGCGGGAUAUCGAACACGGGGGCGCUGGACUAUUACAUGAGCAAGACGCUCGGGACGCCGAGGACGGCGGCGGCGGCGCAGGCGCGGUUGAUGGUCCCGAUCGCGGCGGUGAGCGCAUUUUUGAAUAAUACGCCCGUGGUGGCGAUCAUGAUUCCGAUCGUGCAGAAGUGGAGCAGGAAGUGUAAGAUUGCGCCGGCGCAGUUGUUCAUUCCGUUGUCGUUCGCGUCCAUCCUGGGCGGGACGUGCACGUUGAUCGGGACGUCGACGAAUUUGGUCAUCGACGGGAUGCGGAAAGAAAAGUACCCGAACGAGCGAGCGUUGGGGAUGUUUGAACUCUCAAAGUACGGCGUGCCGGUGCUCCUGAGCGGGUUGGCGUACGUUCUCUUCGCCGCGCCGUUUCUAUUGCCGGGCGGUUCCAGAGGCGCAGACGCCGAUCAAAACAAGGAUAUGGACAUGGAUAAUCUCACCGUCGGCGCGGUCGUCCCGCGCGGAUCACCGGUCGUCGACGUCGAAGUUGCGGUUUUGCGCGGUCUUAACGGGUUGUAUCUCGUGAGCGUCCAGCGCGGCGACAUGUUGAUGCGCGCCGUGCGUCCCGAGUUCAUACUCGAAGUCGGGGACAUUUUGAUCUUCACCGGUCUGGUCGAUCGCAUCGGAGACGUUUGCAAGCAACACGGGCUGGUUCCGUUGACGCAUGACGUGGAAGAAAGGAUGAUUGAGCGGCAGCGAGUGUCUUUCGAGGAGGAUGCGACGAACAGAUUGACAAACGCGGCCCACGUCGAUGGCAACGUGACGUAUCCGCCCCGCGCGAAAUCGUGGCAAACCGGAAGUAAUCGGACACAAGACGACAACGACAUCAGUGGUGUCGCUUGGAUGCAUCGGAGCGUCUCCGAAAGGCCAGACGGUCGAGCGAGCAUUGAUUUACACACGUAUGAGAAAAUGCUGCGUCAGUUCACGAUGAGGACCUCUACGGACGCCGACGACGCGCCAAGAGGAAUCUCUUCGACCGAGAAGCGGCCAUCGUUGCGCGUGAGUUUAGAUCACAACUUCGUGCACGGCGAAAGUGGGCGUACGCCACUCGAUGACGAUUCGCGACAUGAUUACUUGGACGAGCACGUGGACGAAGCUGAGCGCGUCGAAGUCGUGCGCGCGCGCGUGCUCGAGAACUCAUCGCUCGUCGGCACCACGCCGGCUGAGUGCAAAUUUAGGCACAAGUUUAUGGCUUCGAUCGUCGCCGUGCAAAGCACCGUUCAAGCGGGAACAUCAAAAGUUGGUGAACUGCGAGGAGGACAUCUGGGAAAGACAAUUUUCCAACCCAACGAUAUUUUGAUGCUUCACGUGUCACAGGAGAGCCCACUUCUCAUUCAAAAGAGAGAGCGCGAAGCGCACGCGUCGAGUAUCUCUAAGAAGGGAAUUCCACGCGUGUCUUCUCGGAAAAAUAUGUCCAUGGACGAUCUAGAAACUCUAUCCUUCACGUGCGGAGACGAUUUGGAGGUUUUGCUCACAGAAAACAAAACAGAGGUCAAUUUCAACGAGUUCGCCAUCCCCAUGCGUGUUGUGAGCGGGGGCGCGCUGGACGGGAAAACCAUUCAGCAGGUUGACCUCGCUAAUAUGCCCGGGCUUUUCUGCACGGCCGUUCAGACGCACGAACGACACGAAAUGCAAGUACCGGACGGCAACACUCGUCUCAACGGCGAAGACAUUCUAUGGUUUGCGGGAGAUAUGGCGGGGAUACAAACGCUUCGCCGCAUCCCAGGUCUAGUACCUCAGGAAAAACAAGUCGAGAAACUCAAGCACGUACGGAAAAGCGAUAGGCGUCUAGUACAAGCAGUCAUAUCUCAGGGGAGCUCGCUGUGCGGCAAGAGCGUACGCGAUACGCAUUUCAGAACUCGGUACGAUGCCGUCAUCAUCGCCGUACAGCGAAGUGGUGGGCGGAUCCAGGCCAGAAUCGGUGAUAUUAUUCUGGAAGCGGGCGACGUUUUGCUGCUCGAUACGUCGACGAGCUUUUUGCACGAUCACAAGUCGGAUCCGUCGUUUGCGCUCAUCUCUGAGAUUGAAGAUUCCGCUCCGCCACAGUUUGACAAGCUGUUACCUUCGUGCGGAACCGCAGUGGUGAUGAUCGCAGUAUUCGUUGCUGGCGCAUUGGACCUCUUCAUCGCCGCGCUCUUGGCCUCAGGAAUCAUGCUUGCGACUGGAUGCUUGACGCAGGAGCAGGCUCGCGCUUCGGUGAAGUGGGACGUCAUAGUCACCAUCGCGGCCGCCUUUGGAUUAUCCGCCGCUUUGGAGCAAACUGGAGUUGCGUCCGCGAUCGCGUCGACGCUCGUGAGCGCGGGUAAUGGGCUUGGUACGGGUAAACCCGGUAUCUUGACCGGUGUGUAUCUCGCCACCGUGUUACUGUGCAACAUCGUCGGUAACAACGCGGCGGCGGCACUCAUGUAUCCCAUCGCAGCCGGCGCGGCAGACAAGCAAGGAAUCGCGAACGUACAGAUGAGUUUUUUGCUCAUGCUCGCCUCCUCUGCUUCGUUCAUGUCACCGUUCGGAUACCAGACCAACUUGAUGGUCUACGGUCCGGGAGGUUACGUCUUCGCCAACUUUCUCAAGUUUGGUGCCCCCAUGCAAGUGGUACAAAUGAUCGUCUCGAUCUCCGUCGUCCUCCUCGAUGAUAGCUGGUGGAUUGGGUGGAUCGUCGGAUUCGGCGCCGUGGGUUCAAUCUACCUCGGCCGUAUCCUGGCACACAGACUUCGCAAGCGCGCAGCGGCGAAUUCGGAAUCCGUGAGCGCCUCGGUAGAAAAAUUGGACGCCAUCGAAGAAAAUCUCUGA